AUGGCAACCACCACCAAUCUAGUGGAGGCAACCCUCCCAAGACAGCUGAUCGGGCCCCACUUCCAUUCACAGCCAGGCCCAGGUUCGAGGUUUUUACCACUCUUAACACCACCUAUGAGAAUGUCCUGGUGCGUGAAGCUCUUAUCAUCCCCAAGCCACCCCUCGAGAAGACCAUCCAGCAAGCCCAUGCCAAACACGGGUGUCUUCUGUCGCUUUCAUCAAUUCAACGGCCAUGACACCGAAUCUUGUGUUGCGUUGUGCAACAUAAUUGAAGGGCUCAUCCGUGAGGGAAAGUUGGACAACUAUGUGCACAACCUAGCACCCCUGCCUAACCCUCACCAACGACAGAUCAACAUGAUCUCCACCAUCAGUGGUGGUCCUACCCUGGUUGGCACCUCCAACAACUCAAUCAAACAUUAUGUCCGCUCCACCUAUGCCCACCAGGUCUUCAACACCGAGCAGGGACGCUUGCCGAAGACCCAAAGGUCGGGCUGGGCUCCUAUUACCUUCUGCGAGGAGGAAGAGCGUGGUGUUAUCCUCCCCCAUGAUAAUCCACUCAUUAUCCAGGCUGACAUUUCUAAUUUCGACGUUGGGCGUAUCUUGGUGGACACUGGCAGCUCGGUCAGUGUGAUGUUUGCUGACGCUUUCAAUGAGCUCUAG